AUGGCAUCAUUCAAUUUCCCCGCGGAGCUGCUUGCAAUCAUCACAUCUCUCUCGGACACGAAAACCCUCAAAGCCCUAAGACUAACAAACCACAUGCUAUCCGCCUUUGCAACCAAGAAUCUGUUCUCCACGCUCUCACUGUACACCGACGAUAAAAGCUGUGAGGCUUUCGAGUCAAUCGUAGCCCAUCCGCAGUUAAAAGAACAUGUGCGCAAGAUCCGCUUCAAUACUGUCGAGGUCGACUCUCAAGACGGAGAUGACGAAGAACUUGAGUUACCUUUCAAAUGGAAAGAGCUCCUACCUAUGCUUCCGAAAUUCCCGAAUCUCGAAAGCGUCGUGCUGCGCUUCGACCAAAACUGCUCGUUCGAGGAUGAUUUUGGCCAUGCACCCUCCCAGUCAGUUGGUGACCGAGCAACCAUCAUAAAAUGGCUGGGUACGGUGCUGGUGUCUUUAAAGCAACCCUUGAAAGAACUGGGGAUUCAGAAUCAGCAUAACAUAACACCAUUAAGCAAUGAUUUCCAGCAAAUACUGAGCAAGCUCAGUUCGCUAAGACUGAACGUUAUGCAUGAGUUUGUACCUGCGUGUCCUGAAGAUGAAAUCGAAAAAGAUGAAGUGCUAGAAUUCCACGCACGUAUCCUGCCGUCAGUCUGGCUGAAACCCACCAUGGGAUCACUUCGGAAGCUGUCUCUGUAUUCCAACCUUUACUGGGGAUUCUACCCCAAACUCAGCCUCGAAGGGAUCCACUGCCCAAAUUUGCAGUCGCUUUCUCUGGGCAAUUUCUCCUUUUUCGAAGACCAACAACUCGAUUGGAUUCUAUCGCACUCGUCAACACUCCAAGAACUUUACCUUGACGAUUGUCCGAUUUUAUUCCGAGUGAGAAUCCUAGAUCGCGAGUCGCAGCUUGACAAAUGUCCGCUACCGAAAUCCAAAAUGAAAUAUCAAGCUAGUGAGCGCCGGAGCACUUCCUGGCACUACGAUUAUUCACGCCGAUGGAAUGAUUACUUUGCCUCAUUUGAGACAGGCCUUCCACACCUCCGUCGUUUUGCAAUUGGUCACAGUGAAGCAUGGAAUUCAGGGAAUUUGGGGUAUGAGAUACCUUUUGAGAAAGAGCUAGAACUUAUGCCGGCAUUGAUGCAAGAACGGUACAUGGCGUUUGAUGGCGGUAUAGGGCCCUCUCAAACUGUUUCACCAAAGUGGACAUCAAAGAAGGAGGAUUGGCCACAUUGCGAUGACGAAGAUCGCGAGGCUUUGAAGGCAUUAUAUCGGAAGAUUAAGCAGCAGGUAGACUGUGGAAAGUUUGAGAUGGGACUUUACGAGGUGGCUGAUUUGGUAGAAGUUUAUCAAUGA